AUGUUCUUGAAGAUUUCCGUUCUUUUAGCCCUCACAGAGGCGCUCUCAGUCAUUGCUGCCCCUAGUACCGCCUCAAAAGAACCAUGUGCCUUGGUCACUCAGCAAGUUGAAGAAAGCGCUGCCCUGAACGGAACCGUCCCUUACGUUUCGCCCUAUCUGGCUCAUCAAUGUCUUCUCUCGCUGCCAUUUGAUCCUCGCCGCGCUGCCGCUUUUGUGACUGAGGUCAAGAAGAACUUGCAGUGGCAUUCAACUAUCGACACGCUCAAGAACCCUCCUUCCGGGUAUUUGUCUCCUGCCGUCGACUUGUUGGGAGAGCUGGACCACCUGCACCAAAAGGCCCUGAAGCAAGAGUUCAGUAGCCAGUUUGAGUUUGAUACAGCUCUUCAGCGACUACUGGCAUCUGCCAACGAUGGACAUCUGGUAUACAGUGGCUGCUCUCAGAGAAUUUUCCAAUUCACUGUCCCAACUCAGAUUGCCUCGGUUUCUUCGGAUGGAUUGGAAAUCCCAGAAAUCUACGACUUCAGCGAUGUCUAUUUGCUUGCCGAGCAUUCUGACCUUGUCUCUCCAAUUGUCUCAAUCAACGGCGAGAAGGCAGAGAGUUACCUCAAAAAUAUCUCUCACCACCAAGCCUAUCAGGAUCCGGAUGCCCGGUAUAAUAAGGUUUUUGACUCACUUACCCGGUACCCAGAGAAUAUGAAUAUGCUUGGGUCUUGGAGCGCCGAUCCGGCAUUCCUGGCAGGUCAUGUCGAAUUUGACGUCAAAUGGGCCAAUGGAACCGGAAAGAAGGUACACGUGCAAUCAAUGCCAACUGCCAAGUACAGAUUCAACUAUACCGACAGUCGAACUCUCUUUCAAGACUACUGUAUUAUCCCGCCGGAUUCAUUCGGCCAGGAGGGUGAUGCAGAGGCAGACCUGACAACCGCCGCUGCCUGGCCUGCCUUGCCUGCCUCACCGUUCCUGCCCAAGGCGGUCAUGCGGGAUCCGUAUAACCUGAUAUCUGGCUAUUUCCCGGAGGACCCGGAAUGGAAAGAUCUGGCCGUGCUCUUGGUCCCCUCUUUUGCCACAAGCGAAAAGGGCAACGAUGAACCGCUGGCGUUUGCAAACAGCGCGACCCAGUUCAUCCAGGAGGCCAAGAAGGCUGGGAAGAAGAAGCUCAUCAUUGAUCUAUCAAACAACGGCGGAGGUUUCAUUGCGAGCGGAAUGGACCUGUUCAAACUCUUCUUCCCCGACAAGGAUAUUUACACCGCAGCUCGUCUCCGCGCCCAUGAGGCUCUUAACCUUUAUGGAAAGGCUAUGAGCAAGCUCCCGCAAGGCUCUGAGCUGGCGGGUAGAUUUCCCUUCACAAUCCCAAACCUGGUUACUCCCAACCAGACCUAUACCUUCCAGUCCUGGGAGGAGUUCUACGGUCCCCAUAAGCUGGCGCAAUCCAACCAGACUAGUUUGUUCUCCAAUCUCAAACUGAGCGCCUCGAAUUGGUAUUCAGUCAUUCGCGGCUAUGGCAUUGUCAAGCAGAAUGAGACUUCCUCUCCUUUCGCUGCGGAAGAUAUCCUUCUGCUCACUGACGGCCUCUGCACAUCCACGUGCACCAUCUUCUCCGAGCUGAUGAAAACCGUCGGCGGUGUCAAGAGUAUCACCUUUGGCGGUCGUCCCCAGCAGGGACCUAUGCAGGCUAUCGGCGGCUCCAAGGGCUGCGCUGUUGGUACAGCGCGAAGCCUCUUUCAACUCCGGGAGGCCGCCAACAGGGCUGCCCUCCAGGCCGAAGCGGAUGGUAAGCCAGUGCUCUCUCACCAGGAGCACGCCCGCCUGAACGCUUCCAUACCCGAUCGCUUCUCCCUGAAAUUCAAUACGUUGGCGUUUAACAUUCAGAAUGCCUACCGUGAAGGCGACGACGAAAUGCCGCUGCAGUUCCUCUACGAGGCUGCUGACUGCCGUCUCUUCUAUACCCCGGAUAACCUCGUUCUUCCUGCCACCACUUGGAUAUCGGCUGCAAAUGCUUUUUGGGGGAAUGGCGCUUGUAUUUCCGGCUCUUACUCUACUUCUAAACGGGCUGGGAGGUUUGUUUAG